GAAACAAAUUUUCGGCCAUUGACAUCGCGGCUGACGUUGCGAAUCGAGCCAGUCAGGUCCACCUAGCCCUGGGUGUCGGGACAUGGAUCCUGCCACGAUGUUUCGGAAAUUCUCUUCCAUACGACUUCUUUGUGACUCGCUCGGUGCUCUACCACAGAAACGCGUUUGUCCAACUCAACAACAAGUUCAUAGCGGCAGCGGAAGAUAACUUUGAUCAUGAAACAUCUGGGGUUAGACCCAACUUGCCUCCCUUGUUUGCCCCCAUUUCAUUGAACGAUGAUAUUCCGCUGAAACUGAUGUCAGGGAAAGUGAGGACGUAUGGACAUUUGACCAGACUUGACCACAACCAAGCCCACAUGCGUGACGGAAGGGUCAUUUCCGACGUCGACGCCAUCAUCUUUUGUACCGGCUACUACCCAGAUGUUUCUUUUGUGGAUUUGGAUGUUUUGGCAGAGAAUGGCAAGAUGGAGAUGUACAGAAUGAUGUUUCCGCUGAAGGAGAAGCAUAGGACAAUUGCUUUCAUUGGGCAGGUCUCUGGGGAUUUCCCACUGUUUCCUCUGUUUGAUGUCCAGGCCAAACUGGCAACCCGAGUCAUGGCGGGAAAACAUCUGCUACCUCCGCUGGACAAGAUGAAGGCAGACAUGGAUUUCUGGAAUGCCCACACUUUUGCUCGGACAGGAAAAUACUGUCCAUAUUUUAUAGCUACGGCAAUAUUAACAGACUCAAUAGCCGAAGAAAUAGGAAUCUAUCCUUCAUUUUGGAAAGUCUUCUUCAAAAACCCAGCCCUUGCAUUCCGGAACUGGUACGGGCCAAUCAUGGCGCAGGCGUCUGUUGCUUGUUGUUCUCAGUACCAGGAAGGCUGUGCGUCUGUCCGACAGAGGGCCAUCAAGGAGGUUGACCGGCCGGACAUUCGUGAAGGUUACAGGAGUAGGUGUGCGAUGUGGUCAGUUGUCUCCGUGUUUGUUGCACUGUUAGGUUUUCUUUGGUGCAGAUAUCAAGAGAAGAUUUACCCUUAG